CGCGUCCAGACUAUCUAUACGCAAGGAGGUGAACACGGUCCUCCCAGUUCCCACAAUGCAGCGGGGAGAGCGGCGCAAGGCUCGUACGGCUCACGUCACACAAUUCCCGGAUGAUCCCUACACUGUAUGCGGGGUUUCAAGACCCGGGAUGACCACCUUGGUGUUAGAUAACGGGGCCUACACCGCAAAGAUCGGGUACAGCAACGGGGAAGUAAGUGUGAUUCCAAAUUGUCAGUUCAGAUCAAAAACCGCUCGCUUAAAGACAUUUACAGCGAAUCAAAUAGAUGAAAUAAAAGAUCCGUCUGGGCUUUUUUAUAUACUUCCAUAUCAAAAGGGUUACUUGGUGAACUGGGAUGUCCAAAGACAAGUAUGGGAUUACCUUUUUGGCAAGGAAAUGUUUCAGGUGGAUUUCAUGGAAUCAAACAUAAUAAUCACAGAGCCCUAUUUUAACUUCAGCUCAAUUCAAGAGUCUAUGAAUGAGAUUUUGUUUGAAGAAUAUCAGUUCCAGGCAGCACUAAGAGUGAACCCUGGGGCCCUGAGCGCACACCGAUACUUUCAUGACAACCCUUCAGAGUUAUGCUGCAUUAUUGUAGACACAGGCUAUUCUUUCACACACAUUGUACCCUAUUGUCGCAGUAAAAAGAAGCAAGAAGGAAUAAUAAGAAUUAAUGUUGGGGGAAAGUUGUUAACAAAUCAUCUCAAAGAGAUCAUAUCAUACAGACAAUUACAUGUUAUGGAUGAGACUCACGUAAUGAAUCAAGUAAAAGAAGAUGUGUGCUACGUAGCUGCAGAUUUUUAUAAAGACAUGGAAGUGGCCAAAUUAAAAGGCGAAGACAACUCUUUGAUGGUUGAUUAUGUUCUGCCAGACUUUAGCACUAUCAAGAAAGGUUUUGUGAAGCCAAGGGAAGAGAUGGUGUUCAGUGGAAAGACCACAGCCGGAGAGCAGAUUCUGCGUUUAGCUAAUGAACGGUUUGCAGUGCCCGAGAUACUAUUCCAUCCUUCAGAUAUAGGAAUUCAGGAGAUGGGUAUUCCGGAAGCCAUAGUACAUUCCAUUAACAAUCUCCCUGAAGAAAUGCAACCUCAUUUCUUCAAGAAUAUAGUUCUUACUGGGGGAAACGCAUUACUUCCUGGAUUCAAAGAGCGUGUGUAUUCUGAAGUGCGGAAACUUACUCCAACAGACUACGAUGUGUCAGUUAUCUUGCCUCAUAACCCCAUUUCUUACUCAUGGGAAGGAGGAAAGCUAAUAUCAGAAAACGAUGAUUUUGAAGAUAUGGUGGUAACCAGAGAGGAUUAUGAAGAAAAUGGCCAUUCUAUUUGUGAAGAAAAAUUUGAUAUUUAGUUUAUUUAUGUCUUGUAAUAUUUUUUUACCCUUUUUUUAGUCAUGUAAUUAAUAACCUUGCCAUAAAUAUUUAUUAGAGA